CAAUAAGCUAAUUGAAUAUUCACCCAAAAACGACAAAUCAGAAAAACAAAAAGGCUUCAUUGACUAAAUCCAAUAGUAACUAGACACGUGCUAUACCCACAUCGAUCCAGCGCCCCCAUAUGCGCGUACAGCGCGUGUGCCAUCCCUUCUCCCGCUUCACAAAAACUCCAAACGCAACACAAAAACCCUCCCGAAUCAGUCUCCCAGUCCUUCUCUAAUCGGAAUCGGCGACGGAAAACAUUCCAUGGAGACCUCCGCCGUUAAAAACCCUACCCUCAAUUCCCAUUCCCCGACGUUUCUCCUCCACAACGGCUUCGGCGACGAGAUCGAGAUCUCCGACAUCGAGAUGGUCACGAUCCAGACCGUCUCCUACACCAGCCUCAAGGACCUCCUCCCGGCAUCGCCGCCGCUGUCAGUCAUGUCGCCUAUCCACAAUUCCAGCUGGCACGACGAGAUUCCGAUCAAGAACCCACUCGUCAAGCACGCCGCACUGGCGUAUCUCCAGCCGAUGUCCACGCCGCCGGAGGUCGGUGAUAAAGGAUUACUCCGGAUGCUCGGGGAGAAGUGCCACUGUGAGUUGGGGUGCCUCGCGUGGGUUGGCGACGUCGUUUUGAAGACCGUUAGGGACGUGUUUGGUGGCGUUUGUGAUCGUACGAAUCGUUAUGGCGAGAUUAUAGAUGAGGAGGAUGAGGAUGACGACGAGGAGUUUGUGAAAGUUGACUGAGGAUAUUGGAGGAGAGGGGUAGUUUUGGAAGUUUGGCGUGAUAGAUUGUACAGAGGAAAUUGAGUGAUACUUUUUUGUAUUAUAAAUUCUUUUUGUUCCUUUUUUGUAAUUGAAUUUUGGGUGGGUGGCUUUGUAAAUAGGUAUAACUUGUGUUCGAAUUA